AGUCCUUCCGGGGCGCCUGACUCUGGGAGAAGCAUUUCGAAGGCUCCCAUUUCCGGUGUCCUUCUCUCUUAGGAGUGGCGGCGUGGUGAGGGGAGAAAGGGACUCGGGACCCGUGUUUGUUUGAAGGUUGCUAUGGCUCAGAGCCUGAAAGACUUUGCUGGGCGCCUGCCCACUGGCCCACGUGGAAUGGGCACAGCCUUAAAGUUGCUUUUGGGUGCAGGUGCUGCAGCCUAUGGAAUCCGGGAGUCUGUCUUUACUGUGGAGGGUGGCCAAAGAGCAAUAUUCUUCAACCGCAUUGGUGGAGUUCAGCAGGACACCAUUCUUGCUGAAGGACUUCAUUUCAGAAUUCCUUGGUUCCAGUAUCCCAUCAUUUAUGAUAUUCGAGCUCGGCCCCGUAAGAUCUCCUCGCCAACUGGCUCCAAAGACUUACAGAUGGUGAACAUCUCCUUGCGUGUUCUGUCACGCCCCAAUGCUGCAGAAUUGCCCAGCUUAUACCAGCGCCUUGGUCUAGACUAUGAAGAACGGGUCCUGCCUUCCAUUGUUAACGAAGUGCUCAAAAGUGUAGUGGCAAAGUUCAACGCUUCACAGCUCAUUACCCAACGAGCUCAGGUCUCUCUACUUAUCCGGCGGGAGCUGACAGAGCGAGCUAAGGAUUUUAGCCUUAUUCUAGAUGACGUUGCCAUCACGGAACUGAGCUUCAGUCGGGAGUACACAGCUGCAGUUGAGGCCAAGCAAGUGGCCCAGCAAGAGGCACAGCGAGCUCAGUUCCUAGUGGAGAAGGCUAAGCAAGAGCAGAGGCAGAAGAUUGUUCAAGCAGAGGGAGAAGCCACCGCUGCCCAGAUGAUUGGUGAAGCCCUCAGCAAGAAUCCAGGUUAUAUCAAGCUACGCAAGAUCCGUGCUGCCCAGAACAUUUCUAAGACGAUUGCUUCAUCUCAGAACCGUGUGUAUCUUACAGCUGAUAACUUAGUGCUGAAUCUACAAGAUGAAGCUUUUACUAGAGGAAGUGACAGCCUCCUGCUUAAGCAGGUGAAAAAAUGAAGUAGUCAUCGCUUCCUAAAACCAUCCAGACACCUGGUCAUGAGAGUUAUGGACAGCCUUGGUAGUGCCCUGCACAUAUCUUCUGCCCAUAAAUGUUCUCCUUGGCCUGAGCCUUCCUUUCAGUUGGCUUCUUCACUUGCAUCAACUUCCUUGCCCACUCAUAAGAAGCUCUUUCUGACUGAUGGGUGCUCUCUUGGGUGCUCAUCUUAUCCCUCUCCACCUUAAGAAUGGGGCCCAAGGUAAACAGCAGAAAGGGUGCAUGGUGUUGUCUUCCGGGUGAGGGGAUCGGUUUCAUCUAGAUCAGAUUGUUGCUUUCCUCUGCCAGUUCGGUCUGAGUGGUGUCUUGCACAUCAUGCAAGGAGUCUCCGACUUCAGUGGGUUUCUUGCUGUCCCCCCAACUGAGCACCUCAUCUCAGGAAUGGAUGGAUGGGUCAUGGGGCCUCUGCAAGUGCUGUAAUCUCCGUUUAUGUACUUUCUAUCACCUUGUAAUUUGCAUCUUUUUAAAAAAUAAAAUCAGGUCCCAAAUUCCGCCCUGCCUUUGGGUCAAACUAAACAA